GGUUAGAAGGUUGGAAUCAUUGUUAAGUGAAGAGGCAAGGAGUAGUUGCUGGAAGGAACAUAGAAAACUAGCGAGACGAGUAUUAGCACCUGUAUGGGAAUAUUUUCACUGUGAAAAAACAAACUCAUAUGGACAUUACUUAGCAAAGUGUUCUUUUUGUUCAACUAAAUGGGCAAGAGGUGAAUGGUUAAAGCUUGAAGCCUAUCUUGCAUUGCAGUGCCCUUAUGUUGAAGAUAAUAUUCGGCAGUCAUAUUUACUACAUGUAGCUAGUCGUAAUAAUGAAGAAGAGUCACCUGAAAAUUUAACUAAAUCAAAAAAACUAAGAUUAGAUAAGCAGAAUAAUCUCUCAAAAUUUUUUCCACCAAAAUCUGAAGACUUAUCUGAAGAACGGAUAAAUUCUAUAAAUAUUUCAUUAUUAAAUGCAUUUAUAGUCUGUGGUAUUUUAUUUUCUAUAGUUGAAAAUACAUUUUUUAUCAAUUUACUUCAAAAUUUAUGUCUGGACUAUCAAUUACCAUCACGGAAAGUUUUAUCUAGGCCUGAAUUUCUUGUAGAAAAAAUUGAUACAAUUUUAGAUGAAGUUAGAUGUGAUAGAUUUACAGUAAUUGUUACAGAUAAUGCAAGUAACAUGAAACUUACACAGCAAACUAUUCAUGAAAAAUAUCCCAAAAUUUUAAGCUUAAACUGUAUUGCUCAUUGUAUCAACCUCGUGUCUAAAGAUAUUUUAAUUGAAGAUAAUGAAAGAAUUAUAGAAAAUUUUGAAAUAGAGGAAGUUGAAUAUGGUGAAUCUGAUAGUGAUAAUGAAGUAUUUCAAGAUUAUAAAGAUGAGUUUGAUGAACUUGAUUAUGAUGAGUUAUCUGGUAACAAAAUGGGGCAAGGUGUAUUUGAUUUUGACCCUACAGAAUUGGCAGCGAAUUUAGUAAGAGAAUGGGAUUAUGAAAAUAAUGACUUAAAUAUAGAUAAUAUAGAUUCAACGAAUACUAUAAAUAAUAUAGAGUCGAAUACUAUAGAUAAAAAUAAUGCAAGUGAUAAUAUUAGUAGAGAUUCAAGUAUUAUAGAGAAUAAAAAUGAAGCAUUAGAGUCUUUACCUAUAGUACUUAGAAAAACAUGCUGUCAAAUCUUAAAAAGAUAA